UAAAAAUUGAUAAUAUUUAUUUACUAUUCAACAGGAUAUUAUCGCGUUAACUAUGAUGAUGAAAAUUGGCGAAAAAUUUCAAGUUAUUUAAAAUCAGAUAAUUGCACGAAAAUUCAUGUUCUUAAUCGUGCCCAAAUAAUCGAUGAUGCAUUUCAUUUAAUGAUAGCAGGCCAACUCAAAGCCUCUAUAUUCUGGGAUCUCACAGAGUAUUUGCAUCGAGAAGAAGAUUAUGUGGCAUGGUAUCCUAUGUUUAAAGCUAUGGAAUACGUAUAUGGUGCCAAUACUCAUCGUGUAUGGGAAAACAUGGAGGGAUAUAUUACGACGAGAGUAAGAUACAUUUUACGCGCGCUACUUGAAAGAAUCAAAUAUGAAGAAAUUGAUGAUACAGACCAACUUAGAAUAUGUUUACGACAAGAAGCUGCAAGAUGGGCAUGUUUUCUCGAUGACCUUAAUUGUAAGGAAGUAGCCAACAGGAAAUUAGAACAUCAUCUCUUAGAUCCUACAAAACACAAACUUUUGCCAUGGUGGCAGGAAUGGACAUAUUGUAACGGUUUGAAAACAAUUACCAACAAAAGACUUGGCAAUUAG